AUGUCCGCCGAGAUGGCAAACGAGAUCAAGCUGAUCAGCGGCCGCAGCCACCCCGACCUCAGUGAAAAGAUCGCGAAGCGGUUGGGCAUCGAAGUGGCCAGGACCAUAUCCCUCAACUACUCGAACCAGGAGACGUCCUUCACCGUCGGCGAGUCGGUCCGCGACGAGGAUGUCUUCGUCAUGCAGUCGACCGCCACAGGCGACGUCAACGAGGGACUGAUGGAGCUGUUAAUCAUAAUCUCUGCUUGCAGAACCGCAAGUGCUAGGAGAAUAACGGCAGUCAUCCCCAACUUCCCUUACGCUCGCCAGGACAAGAAGGACAAGUCGCGAGCUCCCAUCAGCGCGAGACUGGUCGCGAACAUGCUACAAACGGCCGGUGCCAACCACAUCGUUACCGUUGAUCUCCACGCCUCGCAGGUAAGAUGCUGCCCAGACCCCAAAACUAGGGGCGUCGCUAAUCGCGCCGCAGUGGAUAACCUCUAUGCCGAACCAUCAUUCCUUCGGUACAUUAGAGAGAACUUCACGGCAGAGGAUUGCGUGAUUGUCUCUCCCGAUGCCGGUGGCGCAAAGCGAGCCACAUCUAUUGCCGACCAUCUCAACACAGCCUUCGCCCUGAUUCACAAGGAGCGUCCGAGGCCGAAUGUCGUCGGUCGCAUGGUUCUAGUUGGCAAUGUCGUCGACAAAAUUGCCAUCCUUGUUGAUGACAUGGCCGAUACCUGUGGCACCCUGGUCAAGGCCGCUGCGGUGCUCAAGGAAAACGGCGCAAAGUCCGUCCUAGCACUAGUCACGCACGGCAUUCUGUCGGGCAAUGCCAUCGAGACUCUCAACGGCAGCGUUCUCGAGGCGCUGGUUGUCACGAACACGGUCCCCCUCGGCGACAAGGUUGAGCGCUGCCCCAAGCUUCGCGUCAUUGACAUCAGUCCGACGAUUGCAGAGGCUAUCCGCCGCACUCACAAUGGCGAAUCGGUCUCAUACCUUUUCACGCACGCGCCCGUUUAA